AUUCCGUCAACACCGAUAAUCCAAUUCAUGCUGUGGGAUGUUGCGGGGUCCAAAACUUAUCAAUUAUAACAUAUAGGACGGGAUUGUCUCAUCAAUGGUAAGCCAUUAGAAAUCUUGGGCAUUAUGUGGACCGAGAAAGUGAUGCUUUACAUGGAAAGUUGAUUCUAAUAAGCCGCCAUGAUCCGUCGGAAGUGCAGUACCCUUCCGACGCAUAUAUAUAUUCAACGUCGUCCAAUACUUAUUAACUUCAUGACAUGAUCGAUAUAUUGUGAUCAUUGUUUCUUUCUUCGUUUACUCUCACUCAUACUUCUUCAUAUAUCCAAAAUGGCCAACCCAACAACAAAUACCAAUGGCACCGCCUCACCUAAAUUCGAUCCAAACUUCACACAAAAUGUCAUCGAUGCAAUGGGACCCAAGACGAGUCCUCGUAUGAGAGAAGUGAUGAGUUGUCUCAUCAAACAUGUCCACGACUUUGCGCGAGAAGUAGAACUUACCGUUGAUGAAUGGAUGUUGGGAGUUGAGCUUUUGAAUGAAGCCGGAAAGAUGAGCGACCAUAAGAGAAAUGAAGGACAAUUGGUUUGCGACGUGAUUGGUUUAGAAUCACUCGUAGACGAAAUCACAUUCAAAAAAGCUGCAGAUGCAGUUGAUGCUCCCACCGCAAGUGCGAUUCUUGGACCAUUCUUCCGCCACGAUGCGCCCGUUUUAGAAAACGAAUCUUCGAUAAUUCAAACCCCAGUCGAUGAUGGAGAAAUAGUAUAUAUGCAUGGAAUAGUCACAGAUCAUAAGACCAAAAAGCCUAUCAUUGGAGCUACGGUAGAUACAUGGCAAGCAUCCACAAAUGGAUUAUAUGAGCAACAAGAUGACGAACAAGCGGAACAUAAUUUGAGAGGAAAAUUCAAGACUGAUGAGAAUGGACAUUAUGGAUUUUAUUGCUUGAAACCAACUCCAUAUCCUGUUCCUUUUGAUGGUCCUGCUGGUAAAAUCCUCCAACUAUUAGACAGACAUCCAUUCCGACCUGCACAUAUUCAUUUAAUUGUCCAACACGAAAAUUACAAACCCCUCACAACCCAAAUCUUCAAUUCACAAGACGAAUAUCUUCAAAACGACUCGGUUUUUGCUGUUAAAGAUUCUCUCAUUGUCGAUUUCGUACCUUUGAAGGGUAAUCCCAAAGCAUCGCUAGAACUCAAUUAUCCAGUUAUUCUUGCUCCUCAAACUGGGGCAUAGAAAUUGUUGAGUAUAUUUUUGGAGUAUAGGAGUAUCAUGGAAUUACUUUUUUGAACGGGUUUUAGACCCAAGAUUGGAAGAGCUUCAUUUUUGUCAUGUUUUUGUGGAUUUCAUGUUAUGAAUAAACUGUUUAGUUAUUACAUCCAUUCAAUUCAAUGAUAUCCUCGAUUUGAAGUCUUUUCUCCACACCCCCUGAACUCUCUC